AUGCACACCCUCAAAUCCCUCCUCCUAACAGCUCUCACCCUAUCAUCCUCCCUCACCCUCACGUCCGCCACCACAACCAGCAGCAGCAGCAGCACCACCCCAACCUACAGCAUAACGGAACCCACCUCGGGCGCCAUAAUCUCCCUGAACACCGCAACCGUCAUAUCCUGGAACACCACCGAACCCAGCACCUCAAAGUUAUCCAUCCACCUCUCCAAAACCACCAACGAAACAACAAACCUCUACACCAUCGCCAGCAACAUCUCCAACUCGGGCUCAAUCUCCUGGUCACCCCCAUCACGCAUAGGGACGGGCUCCGACUACAUCGUCGUCCUAGAACCCUCCUCCUCCUAUGAGGAAUACACCUCGUCCCCCUUCACCAUCUCAUCCUCCACCAACGCCUCGACGACAUAUUACCCCACCGAAGGGGAGGUCGUAAAAACAGGCCAGACUACUAUUAUUACCUGGGAAGUAGAGAGGAAUGUCUCAGAAGUGAGUAUUUAUCUUAUGGAGGGUGAGUUGAACAAUGGCAAUGGAACUGCGAAUGGAACUGGACUGAAGAAUGUGACGACUAUCACGACGGAUAUUGCUAAUUCGGGGGAUGUGGCGUGCGUGUUGCCGGAGAGUGUAAAAAGUGGGGACGAUUAUCGGUUUGCGAUUGUGGAUGUUAAGGAUAAGGCGAGGGUGAAGUAUUCGGCGGUGUUUGAGGUUGUUAAUUCGGGGGGUGAUUCUUCAUCUUCGGGUUCUUCGAGUGGGAGUGCGGAUGAAAGUGGGAGUGGAACUUCGGACUUGUCUGGGAGUUCGUCGAGUGGGGAUGGGUCAGGAUCUGGGACUGGGAAGGAGACUUCGGGUGCUGCGAAGGUUUGGGGCUGGGGUUUGAGGAAGAUGGGGUGGGGGGUUGUUGGGCUGGUGGUUGGGUCUUUGCUGGUUUAA